AUGGAAGGAAAAAUUGGUUUGUCUGGAGGAAUGAAAGAUAACAAGGAAAUAUUACAGACCUUGGCUGUGUUAUGUUUGUCAAUGUCAAGGACAUUUGGCCCAUUCUUGCCCGGACCAAGUGAAAUUAUAAAAAUCACUAAUCUCAAAGUCGAUAGUGAUGAAGAUAGAAGUCGAAUCAAAAGAAUCAAAAGAGGAAAAAAGGGUAUAAAUAUUAAUGAGACACUUCAGGAAGAAAGGAUGGUGGUUAAAUGGAAUGACAAAUUAAUUGAUGUGAAAAUUGAAAACUUACCAGCAUUGAACGAAGAGAUGAUUGAAAAGAUCAAACAUGCUGAGGAAAUAGCCCGAAAGAUUGAAUAUAGUGAUGAAGUUGGUACAAGCGAUAAGGGUAGAAAUCGAGGAAAUAAUAAUGCAAUGAUAACUAAAAAGGUUAAUGAUAGAAUUGUGGAUCUGAUUGGUAAACAAAGACCGAAGAUGAAAAAUGGAAUGUUUUCAAUAAUCAGUAGCAAUAUGAACCGAUGGCAAUGUCGAAAUGUAAGACCUAUAGUGCCAAUGAAUAAUGUAAAUUGGGAUUGUGCUACAUUGAAUAGCUUGAAGGAUAUUAAUUUCAUAAAGCGAUUGUACUUGGAUCAAUUGGCUAGGUGUGAUUGCGAACAUUUGGAAAGUGUUGUCUUUGGAAGUCAUUUGGAGAUGAGGAGGCUUGGGUGA